CUUGUUAUUCCAUUGACGAUUCUCCCCUGAAACACUGACCGUAGGUUCCGUUCUCUUUUUCUUUUUCUUUUGCAAUUUACAGUUCAAGUAGAUGAAAGCCGCCGGAGCGCCGUCGCAAAGAGGUGGAUCCGCCGCCUGCUGCUACCGUUCUUCAUCGUCUUCCUCCUCUCGCCGUAGAGUUCUCGUGGUGAAGAUGGGAAAGAACAAGAGUCUUCCUCCACCUUCCUCCUCCAAGGAUUCAGAGCCAACUCCCCCGAGAAUCACAUCAAAUGUGAAGCAGAAUCUACAGUUUUUGAAGUUAUGGAAGGACUUUCAGAAGAGGAGGUCUGGAACGCCUAAGCCGGCCACUAGUUACAGGAAGAAGAAGGCGGAAAAAGAGGAGAUUCCAGAAGACAGUGAGCUCUAUCGUGACCCUACAUCAACCCUUUACUACACGAACCAGGGUCUUGACGAUGCAGUUCCUGUCUUGCUGGUUGAUGGUUACAAUGUAUGCGGAUACUGGGUGAAGUUAAAGAAGCAUUUCAUGAAAGGAAGGCUUGACAUUGCCCGCCAAAAGCUGAUCGAUGAACUCGUGACAUUCAGUAUGGUAAAGGAGGUUAAGGUUGUGGUAGUAUUUGAUGCCCUUUUCUCUGGCAUCCCGACACAUCAAGAAAACUUUGCCGGUGUUGACGUGAUUUUCUCGGGAGAAUCUUGUGCCGACGCUUGGAUUGAAAAGGAGGUGGUUGCUUUAAGGGAAGAUGGGUGCCCUAAGGUCUGGGUUGUAACAUCUGAUGUUUGUCAGCAACAUGCAGCACAUGGAGCGGGAGCUUAUGUUUGGAGCUGCAAGGCUCUGGUUUCCGAGAUCAAAGCGACGCACAAAGAGGUGGAGAGGAUGAUGCAAGAAACAAGGUCAACGUCUUUCCAAGGGAGAUUGCUGAAACACAAUCUUGAUUCCGAAGUAGUUGAUGCCCUGAAAGAUCUAAGAGACAAACUGUCGGACAACGAAUCCAAUAGAUGACACACCCGUCAUACAAGAACAAAGGGUCUGGCACUCUGCAUAUUCAAGAGACGGAAACAGAAAAAUCUCAGGAUUGUGUUAUUCUUUUUUCUGAUUGUAUCGAAUCUUUCACGUGUUGGGAAGAGCUCUUGCGUGGAUCUUGUCAAGGCUAAUUUAGUAAUUUAA